AUGAGCGCCGACGAACUCUGGGAAACAAUUGAUGUCGUUAUCUGCGGAUGCGGCCCGACAGGCGCCCUCCUGUCUGCUUACCUCGGUCGCAUGGGCGUUCACAACAUUGUCCUAGAAAGGGAACCAGUGAUAACGACUGACCCUCGUGGGAUCGCUUUGGACGACGAUGGCAUUCGUUUUCUACAAGGCUUGGGACUCUAUGACUUUGUCUAUACCAAAAUCGGCGCCUCCAUGGGAAGGUUUAAAUUCGUCGGCGGGACCACUUGCGACUUGCACACAAAGCCAAUUGUUGAGAUGGACUACAAUACGACCACCGGUGCCACAGGUCAUGUCGGCAUGAUCGGUCACAAACAACCCGUCCUCGAGAGCCAGAUUAGGAAUGCUAUGUCUUCUACCUUCUGCUCGCUGAGAUGCGAGUCGACUGUAGUUCAGAUCGAUGAAGACGAACAGUGGACGUAUUGCACAUAUCGUGACUCUGACGGAGAACACAGAGUUCGGGCACGAUUCUUCGUUGGUGCAGACGGUAAAACUGGCUACACGCGAAAGCAAUACCUGGAAGCGAGGGGAGUCAAAUUGGAGAAAUUUCAUGAGCAAGCAUCCCAAUUUCUUAGGGCCUUCUACGAAGAAACCUGGGUAGCAUUGAACUGGAGGAUCACCAUUCCAACUCCACGGUCGCAUCCUAGUCUUCCUUUGUGGAAAGCAGGAUACUCCCCUGACCAGGUGUACGAUUUAUUCUUUCCUCCAGAAUUCCGCUUUCUCUGCAAUCCGGGGAGGCCAGCAGUCUGCGGACGCUUUGGCCUACCAACCGAUCGGCUGUGGAGGUUCGAGUACCUUAUUCGGAAAGACGAAGAUGGUUACGCGAUGGCUGCGCCCGAGGCAAUGCGAAGCAUCGUGUAUCCUUAUCUCACGCAUAAAGGAAGUCAAUACAAGCUCGCUCAAGAUGUGCAGUUUCCUGAGGAUUGCAUCGAAGUGCUCCGCUGUCGCCCAUUUACCUUCUCAUCGCGCACAUGCAACAUGUGGGCAAAGGAUCGCGUUAUUUUGUGUGGCGAUGCGGCUCACGUCUUUCCUCCAUUCGGAGGACAAGGCAUCGCCUCGGGGUUCCGCGACGCAAUCUCCCUCUCCUGGCGUCUCGCCAUGCUGUGCCGCUACCAACCCACAGGUACCAACCACCAUCAAGUUCUCAAGGCGUGGUACGAAGAGCGCAAGCAACAACUCGCGUUAUCCUUGGCAACCACCGUCGCAAACGGACGCUUGGUGUGCGAGACAGAUCCAUUGAAGAUCUUCCUACGCGACUGGUACAUUUGGUUCAUCCAGCUCAUACCCAGCUGGAGACGACAAGUACAACGUGGUCAUCGAAAAGACGCACUACUUCGAUACAAGCACUCCGAUGGAAUGCCAUUCAUCCCAGACUUGAAUGGCGGUCUCUACCUCCCCCAGGUAUACUGUCGCACCACGAUCGGUGAAAUCCUUUUCACAGACGAUGUCAUCUACAGUCCAAACAACACUUCCCUCUUCCGGCUCUUCGUCUACCUACAAGACAACUCCGACCUCCCCUCCAUCAAAGACACUCUUCAAAAUAUCCAAUCCUGGUCCCGCGGCGAAUUUAAUGCAACCACCAUCCCCAUCAUCGUUGAAAGCACCAGCAUUGACCCCUCCAACGAACACAAUAUCUUCCAAAUCGCCACCGCAGAGGAAUUCUCCAACUCACCCCUAUGCAACAACCGCCCCAAACCACUAGACUACGAUCCCCUCCUUCUGAGAAACAAACUCCAAGGAAAAUACGUGAUUGUCCGAAUGGAUAGAUUCAUUUUUGCUUCUUGUACGGAUGUAAAGGAGUUGCAGAAGGCCAUACAGUCUAUGUUGGACCAUUUGUACGGGGAGAAAAGAGAAUCGUGCAGAUUGUGA